AUGACAGUUCACAAUACCACCACUCUUACCGUCCACCCGAGUGGACGAUCACUUGAUAUCAAACAGUUUAAUUUACCCUCAUUGUUUAAGAAAUUUGAGGUUUCGAAAUGGAAUGACUACAAUGAACUUGUUAAGAUCACGAACGGACAACUAAGCGAUGAACAAUGCUUUAAGAAGUGGAAAUUUGCCUUUGAAAGCGUCGAGACCGAAUACACCAGGAAUGUAUCAGUUACUUCCUUUGCAGGAAAGAUGGCAGAGUACUUGGGCGGCAGUAAUGGUGCUGAUGAAUUUUUAGCUUCAUAUCACGGGAAAAAAAUGAAACGCUUGAGACAACAUGAAGAUCAAAUCAAGGAAAGAAUAGAGAAGAGGCUAAGAAUAGAACAAUAUCAAACAUUGGAGUCCCAUCUUGAACAGGAAGCUAGUACUUCCUAUAAAAGUAAACCUUAUGUUGUGCCAGAGGACCCAAUUAUAAGCCCUGUUGAACUCUCCUCAAAUUCCAUUUCCAUUAAGAGUUCUAUAUUCAAAGAAGGGCAACGCUUACAUGAUCUAUAUGUUCAAGGCGUUAAGCUGAAUCCAAAAGAAAGAAAUUGCAUGGCAGCUGGACUUUCUGGUAUCCUUGAUUUGACCAACGACGAUAUUUUUAGUCAAGCAUCUUUGUUCACAAAAGAUAGUUGGAAUAGAAUAAAAAGGCAUUUCUUCAAAAAAUACCAAGUCAAGACAUCACCCGCGGAAUCUUGGGUUAAAGAAAAAUGGGAAUAUAUAUGCGCCAAAAGCGUAGAAAAGGGAAGUGUAACUUUUGGAAGAAGAUAUCUGGAUAGAUUAUGUGGCUCAAAUAAGGUGCUUGCUGCUGAGUACAAUACUUAUAAAUUCCUUGAUACAAUUCUGGACAGCAUGCAAAAUUCUCAGCACAUCCUCAACCCUGCCUAUCCCAAAAAUAUUCCAGAAGGGGACUUUACCUAUAGUAUCUGGUUGCCUCUUUUCAAGCGACUCUUUGAAAUCGACUCACAUAUCAUUCUGUUGAAACCUAGUGAAACAGCACCCGAUGAUUCAAUUUGUGAAAAAGCAUACAUCUAUGAAGAAUACAACAAGCGUGACUGACAACGAUUUUUGCACAUGAGAUCAUAGCUACUUGUAUAUCUUUGUGAUGCCUGAUGUAUACGAGUUACACAUCUAGGAGCGCACUUUGAAAUCCAAUAAAAAGGAUUUUAAGCCAGUUAUCUGUUGUAAUUACACCAAACGGAAAAAUUAUCCGCACAUUUUUUC